CUCUCUCCACCCCUCUCUCCACCCCUCCCUCCCUCCCUCUCUCCAUCCCUCUCUCCACCCCUCCCUCCCUCCCUCUCUCCACCCCUCUCUCUCUUCCUCUCUCCAUCCCUCUCUCUCUUCCUCUCUGGGCCGUAGCCCCACCCACGUGCCUGCUGCUGAUUGGCUGUCGGAGUCUUCGAGGGGCGGAGCCAACAGUCAGGUUCCAGACCCAGCCGGAACCAACACAGAACAAAGCACGAUUGGAACCAGAACUAGUGAAUGGAACCAGAGGACCAGCGCUGAGGGGAACGCGAGGGGAACCCACACUGACCCAGAACAGGAGCACAGUGGAACCAGGAGAACCGGCACCGGCCCGUUCUGCCCUCAGACACCUCAGAGUAGCCAGCCAAUCACUACACAUCAGCCCACCCACACUGGCCCUUCAUUGGUCAGCCGUGGCCUUGAAUCCUCCCCCACUGACUCCCUAUUGGUCAAUGGUGCCCUUGAAUCCUCCCCCUCUGACUCUUUAUUGGUUGAUCAUGCCCAAGAGCCCUCCCAAAUUGACUUGUCAUUGGCUGCUCAUGUCCCAGAUCCCGCCCUAGCGGGCUCCUCAUUGGCUGAAAGCGUUCCGGAGCAGGCAAACUCUUCCUCAUUAUUCGAGUGUAACAAGGAGGAAGAAACACCUGUUUUGAAACAAACAGACACUCUGAAGGGUGCGGUGGAAGGCUGUGUGUAUGACGUGUGUGCGGUGCGUUCUCCAUCCGGUGCCAUGUGUGUGUGUGUGGCAGGAGAGUGGAGUGUGUGUGUGUGGACUGAGGACUCACCCCGUCACUGGAGCCUGUCACACACCUGGAGAUUCACACAGUCUGUAGUGUCUCUGUUCUCCGUUCCUGAUUCUGAUGGACUGCUGUGUGUAACCCUGGGUCAACUAGAGAUCACAGAAACAAGUGUUCUCUCCACAGGUUCUUUUUCUCAGAGCACGGUGUGUGGUGGGGCGUGUCUUCGUACUGUGGUGGGUGUGUCCAAUUCCAGGAUUGCGUGUGGCCACGCCCCCAAACCUCGGCAGACCAUAGAAGUGCACACACUCACCAAGGAGGGCAGUAUUGGGGAGCCGGUCCGUCUGGUCUCUUCUGAUUGGUGCAUUGAGUCCCUGGUUGCCGUGGAAAAUCAGUCGGAUGCUCUGAUUGGCUGGACGGACUCCUCAGCUUUGAUCAUAUGGAACACAAGAACCGGUCAUCUCUUACAAACCAUAGAGCUGGGCCACAUGGUAUCUAUGGCAACCUGCCUGCGAGGAUAUUCCUGCAAAGGUUUGCUGUGUGCGCUGCUACAGCGUGUGUGUGUGAGUGGGGGGAGGAGCCAGUGUGUGUUCACUCUGAUUGGCCUGAAUCCCAUGAAUGGAAAAGCUGCAGAACUCACAACGGUCAACACACACUCCUCAGAGAGGUUUGUGGAGUUGGACGUGAUUGGCUCAGAUGUGGUGGGCGUGUCCCCAUCAGGCCGCAUGGUCCUAUGGGAUGUGAGCGGGGGCGGGGCUUGCCUGCUGGCCAGUGACGAUUGUCAUCUUGCUCGCUGGGCGGGGCCUAACACGCUCCUGACUGGACACAAGAACGGAGAUGUGUGUGUGUACCAAUACUACCCCCUGUAGACACACACACACACACACAUACACACUCUCCUCACUAAUCAGGAGAACAGAGAUGUGUGUGUGUACCAAUACUACCCCCUGUAG